AUGGGCCCAUGCAACUCAGGUCAAUGGGCCCGGCGGCCCAUUGAUUCUCUGUGGUUCGUGAUGACUGGUCCAUCAUCAUGCUUUGGGCUAGUUGGGCUUUUGCGUGCAUCAGUUGGGCUUGUAGAUAAGUCACCUGUUGGCGAAAAUAUGGGCCACGCAGCCAUAGACGGGGUCCCUGAUGCGGGCCUGGGCCUCAUAGGCAAUGGUGACCACGGCCUCGCACCUAUUGGGCUCGGGCACGUGGUGCAGCAGCAGCUUGGACACGUUGCUGGCCCCAAACACCUUGUGGAUGGCCGCAAAUCGGGCCGGGCCCUGCUCCGAACAGAAAUACGGCCCGAAUACGCAGUCUGGGGCGCACUUCCGCCGGAGGAACUUGCAUGCGCCGCACGGCGACCCAGUCCCGGUUGA